AUGGGUAAAGGUAGUCGCGAUUCCGAUUCAGAAGUUUCACUGUGUGUGAAAUAUACGUUAUUCUUCUUUAAUAUAAUAUUUUGGCUGAUUGGAUGUUUUAUAGUUGGUGUCAGCAUCUAUGCCAGAACUGAAAAAGGAUUUCAAGACGGUUUUGCUAGUUUAGCAUAUGAUCCUGUUAUGAUCUUGUUAGUUGUUGGUGUCGUAAUUUUCAUUUUGGGCUUUUCUGGAUGCGUUGGAGCCUUAAGAGAAAAUACCUGUCUCCUUCGAUUCGUUAAGGCUUUUGUCGAAGAUCAGUUACGAGGUGCAAUUAAAAAAUAUCGAGAUGAUGUUGAUCUACAGAACCUGAUUGAUUUUAUUCAACGUCAGUUUCGAUGUUGCGGUGUGGUGGGAUACAAAGACUGGGACGCUAAUAUUUACUUUAAUUGCACAAAAAGCAAUCCUAGUCGCGAAGCUUGUGGAGUACCAUUUUCUUGUUGCAGAAAUUCAACCAUCAACACUCAAUGUGGUUACGAUGUGCGCAGUCAGGGGGCAAGCAACUCUGUCAUAGAUCGCAUUUAUACUACAGGGUGUGUUGAUAACGUCGUGGCAUUCCUGAAAGACAACCUUUAUGUUGUUGCUGGAGUUGCUAUUGGAAUCGGUGUAACGCAGGAUUACUGGCUUAGUAACGAUAAGAAGCCGACUUCAAUAGACCUUCUAGCUCUUUAA